AGGACUCCAACAACCACAGAGGAGACGCCGCAUUGCAUACAUUAUACGAGGAGUAGUGCAACAUGGCUGUCCAAGGCUUAGAGCAGACGAUCGUUCGCGAUCCAGCUCUUUUUUACUGGAUCCUGAUCCCCAUCACAGUCGUCAUGAUCUUAACAGGAAUCCUUCGGCACUACGCAACAGUCCUAAUGAACAGUCCCCCCAAACCAGCAAGCACCCUCCUCGAAUCCCGCGAACGUCUCUCUCUAAUCCACGGCGUAAACCUCCGCAACAACGCCUGCGCCGUCCUAACUUCCGAGGGAUUCACAUCCAGAAAAGAGUAUCUGAUAAAUGCCUAUCAAAAUGGCGCAUUUUUGAAAGACCCGGAAAACCGUGGUCAGCCACCUGCAAACCCAAUGUCUGAUCCAGCUGCUAUGGAAGGGAUGAUGGGUAUGAUGAAGGGGAAUAUGAUGAUGAUGAUUCCGCAGACGUUGAUCAUGAGUUGGAUUAAUGCUUUUUUUUCGGGGUUUGUUAUUUUGAAAUUACCAUUCCCUCUUACGAUUCGAUUCAAGUCGAUGCUUCAAUCUGGCGUUGCGACUCGUGAUCUUGAUGUGCGAUGGGUAUCGAGUUUGUCGUGGUAUUUUCUUAAUUUGAUGGGUCUUCAGUCUAUUUUCGGAUUUAUUCUUGGUGCUGAUAAUGCUGCAAACCAAAUGGCCCAACAAAUGGCAAUGGCAAACCCAGCAGCAGGCGCAAACCCGUUCCAACCGGGUGCUGAUCCGGAUAAGUUGUAUCGCAGUGAGGCGGAGAAUUUGGAGGUUAUGGAGUAUUUCAGUUUGUUGGAUGGUAUUGAAGAAAGGGUUUUGCACAAUUGGAAGGCUUAGUGGUAUGGCACUGUUUUGGGUGUAUUUUUAUGUCGUGUAGGGGUGUCUUUCAGAGGAAGACUUUGUUUGGUUUCUACCUUAUGUAGAUUGAUUGAUAAUGGCAUGGUUGUAUAUGUUCAUUGUCCUCUUAUAUUAGUGGCCUGAGGACUAGCUUAUGCUACUACUCUCCUUUAAGGGGACAUAAUAAGACAGUAUCAUAAUCAUUAAUAGCCACUGUACGCAGCGUUCAGAGUGUAAAACAUAUGUACAAUGUCAAAUCAAGACCAGCUUGAAGCAUAAAGCCCAUUCCGCAUACCAAUUCCAUCUUAUGACGCAAAACAGGAACCGAAAAGUUCCCAUACCAGAUAAAACUCAUUGAUAAUUAACGACCCCCUUAAGAACCCAGACAUUCCCAUUAGACACUUCCGAAGCCA